AGUCCGCAUUAUCUUGCGUGGUUGAGAAAAGAGGACACGAUAUGCUGUGAUGUCGUGUGUCCUAUGAACAUGCCCUGUAGGUUCUUGGCGACAGUAUUUCGAUCUUACUUAGACGCUUUGAUGCACACCCUCGGUUUGCUGCUAGGAUGGUUUGUACCAAGUAAUUGGAUAUCAUGGAAACCAACUUCAAUGGCUCAGCUUGCUCAAGCAGAAAAUAAACUUUUGCAGUGUGUGAAGCAUGCUAUUAACAGGAGGUUUGUCAUACUACCACGGACCCAGCACAGGAUCUGGACAAUUUCCGUGAACGAAGACGCAGGGAGGACAGGCAAGACUCCUGUCACACCCAUUGUCCUUGUGCAUGGUUUUGGCGGAGGAAUAGGACUCUGGGCUCAAAACUUGAACUCUUUAGCAAAGAAUGCACCCGUAUAUGCAUUUGAUGUGCUGGGGUUUGGUCAAAGUGCCAGGCCGAGCUUCAGCAAAAAUGCAGCCAUGGCAGAAAUGCAAUUUGUGGAUUCAGUAGAGGAAUGGCGAAAAGAAAUGAAAUUGGAUAACUUCAUAUUAUUAGGACAUAGUUUUGGCGGUUAUAUAGCUUCUUCCUUUGCCAUCAAAUAUCCAGAAAGUGUUAAACAUUUGGUGCUUGUUGACCCCUGGGGUUUUCCUGAACAACCUCCUGAACAUCAGAGAAGGAAACUGCCUUUCUGGAUAAAACUUUCUGUAGCAGUUAUGUCUCCAUUUAAUCCACUGGCUGCCAUACGUGUAGCUGGUCCUAUGGGUAAAAGUCUUGUUCGGAACUUUCGACCCGAUUUAAAAUUGAGGUUUUCUGAGGAGGAUGAAGAUGACACGAUAUUUGAUUAUAUUUACCAUUGUAAUGCACAAACACCCAGUGGGGAGACAGCCUUCAAAACGAUGACACAGGGAAUUGGCUGGGCAAAGCGACCUAUGAUACACAGAGUGACAGAUAUCUCGAAUGAUAUUCCCAUCACGAUGAUCUACGGAGCCAAGUCGUGGAUGGACAGCAACACUGGAAACCUUGUGAAGUACCUACGGAACACAAGCUAUGUAGAUGUACAGGUGGUGAAGGGGGCAGGCCACCAUGUUUAUGCCGACCAGCCAGCACCGUUCAACACUCUUGUAGCACAGAUCUGCGAUAUGGUAGACAGAGGUAUCUUACCUGUAAAAUCCAACAGUCCAAAGUACAAACCAAGACGUACUACAAGUGAAAGUUCUCCAGACGUAGACAUAGUCAAGCCAGAUACAAUACCUAGUUCACUAUAGGUACAUUGCACUAUAUUGCUAUGCGUAUAUCUUCCUUCAUUUAGCAAUACCUGAUCUUAAAUCUGCUCAUUUCCUUAAUUAUACACCAAGAAGAAAGAUAAUGCAGAAUCCUCAACUGGAUGAAACAUUCAAAGUGAUUUUUUUUCCUGGAAUAUUUCAGUAGUAUAAUCCAACACAAGUUAAAACCUGUAUCAUAAUUUCAACUUCAUAUAGAAUAUUCAUGAACAAAUUUCCAUACCAGUGGUGCCUGGCUUUCUGUUAAAUCCCUUUUGAUGUGAUGUCGACGAUGUUCUAGAUGCAACUAAAAUUCAAGAGGCAUUUUAUGUUUACAAGAAUUACUUGUGUCAGUAUCUAUACAUCAUUGACAUGGUCACCAAGUUAUGAGUUCCAGGGGCGUCUGAAUAUAGUUUAAAAGGAGUGUGUUCAUGCAGUCUGACCAGUCUGAUAUCAGGGGCUAGCAGAUUUAAUAUGAAGGCUACAAAAAUAUACAAUGUCCAGGUGAUGAUAAUCCUGAUCCGUCACCUUCACUAGCCCUGCAGACCUGUGAUCUCUGAUCUAUAUCGGUACUUUGAUAUACAAAAAUGUAUAUGUAUAUACCAGGUAAUACUUAUACUAAAUGUAAUUUAAAUGGGCAAUGUUUGUUCAAAUGCAACAGCUAAAUUUUGUAUGAUGAUGGUUGUUGUAUACUGGAAUCAGGACAGGUGUAGAGUUAUGGCCCUUUAUUUCCUAUAAAUGUGUAUGCUGCAAGCACAUAAUAUAAAAAUUGCCACAUUUUCACAUGAAUAAUGUCUUGAGAUGGCAGUGCAUCUCAUUCUUGUAAAACUUGAUUUGAAUCCCAGUUAUUGUCCGUUGUUUGUGGGUUUUUUUUACACCUGUCCAAUGGUUGUCCAUGAAUGCCCAAACUAGUUUCAAUGUUGAUCUUUCAGAGUACUACUUUGUUAAUCUGUAUUUUAGAUUGUCCAUCCACUUUUGAACUGUUUUUCUACAAAGAUAUGUGUUUCUGUUUGUAAUUAAAGAGUACAGUAUGUGGUGUUUGGAUAACACACUCUAACUUCUGGUUUCUUACCUGAAGAAUUAAUACCAUUGAUCAAUGCAUAUGCACACAAUUUUAAUUCUUACUACUGUCAAAGUUGCACAUAAACAUGUAUUGUAUGCAGGAAGUUUUCGAAAUUCAAGGGCCCCUUUCUCAAUUUAGAGAUCUUGACACCCUUGGAAAUCAAACAAUUCGAAGUUAUUGGUAUGCCUGCCAUUCCAUUCAUUUAAAACAGAAAAAAAAAACAAUUUCUUGACUGAUGACAUUCAUUAAGAAAACAAUUUUACUUUAAUGGUAGCCUCUGAUUCUUUGACUUUUAUCAGCUUCUGUUACAGUCUCCAUAUAUACUUUUAAUACAAACUUGAUCAUUUAUAACUUUUAUCACUUAUACAGUGCCUACAUUUUACCAUGGCAGAUAACAAGGGUGCAGAGAUGAUAUAUGGGAAACAGAACCCUUGGAUUUAUUAGAAACCGAUGAAUAUGUGUAUUAAACCAAGUAACUUUACAAAUCAUACAAUCUGGAAAACUACAAAUACCAUAGGAACAGGUGCGAUUUCCCAACCCACAGUCCAAGUCCCUAUGGGUCAUACUUGCCAAUUAACCCUCGCUUUGAAGGGAGACACUCAAUUUUUGAUCCAAAGUUAAAACAUAUAAUUUUGUAUCAGAAAUACUCUUGUUGUUACUAGUUUUUUUAAAUCUUACCAAGUCAUAGAAAGAGCAGCUUCAAAUUUUGAAAGCAUCAACUUUUCAAAAGGAUGCCUGUUCUUUUCUGAAAUUUUGAACACCUGGGAUUUCCCAAAUGGAUGUCCUUGAAUAUAUAUAGCACUGUAUUAGAUGAAACUCAGGGUACUGCACUAAUAAGUUGACAAUGCUAUGCCAUAUCUGUGAAAUGAUUAUGUAAUAUAAUUUAUUCACAAUAUUAAAACAUGUUUUAAAACUAA